UUACUUUCUCUGAACAACAAUUUUUUUACCAGAAGUGCCCUCAAUCAACCAAUCAUCAUUGCAUUUCCUCUCUCUACACUCUUCGUCUGCUAUCAUCUGGUCAGUUCUCUCUCUUUCCAUGGUUAUAUUAUGUAUGUGCCAAUUACCGGAGGAUUUUGAAUCUUCCCUAAUUUAACUGAACCCGCCGUUUAUCCUCGAUCUGAAUAAUUAUGUGCAAGUAUUGCAACCUCUUAUUCCUCUCGUAUUGGCGUGGUUGUUAUCUGCAAGUUUCCUUCAAUUUUAAUUGGCCAUUGAGCGAAUUUGGUGAACUUCGUGGGGUGGCAAUCAAUUAAUAAAGAUCUCUUAAUCUGAAUAAUUCCAAGCUCUUAGUAAUGGAGUUGAAUUCCAUCAAGGAUGCUUUUGACCGUGUUACAAAGAAGCAAAAGCUCUCAUCCUCAAAAUCUCAAGAAGUAAUUGAACAGAUCGGGCAAGAAAUCGAACAGGCUUUGUCGAGAAUACAAUCUGAACAAGAUUCUGCAUCUCCAUCUGAUCAUAAAUUGAUUCUCAGUGAACUGAAAACCAAGCUGAAAGAAAUAGCUCCUCUCAGCCAUCUGGAAGGCACACAAAAGGAAUUAAAUGUUGCAUUGAGCAAGUACCCAAAGCUUCUUGAGAAAUCUUUCAAUCCUGAUAUCUCAAAGGCUUAUCGCAAUAUCGAUUUUGAUUUACACACUGUUAACCAAAUUAUUGCCAGCCAUUUCUAUCGAGAGGGCCAAUUUGAUCUUGGCGACUGCUUCAUCAAUGAGUCGCAGGAACUAGAGGCUGCAGCAAGUAAAUCCCCUUUCCUAGAAAUGUUCCAGAUCUUGGAAGCCAUGAAAUCUAGGAACCUGGAGCCUGCUCUGAGUUGGGCAGCGAGGAAUCAUGAUCAACUGAAACAAAAUGGGUCUGACAUAGAAUUAAAACUGCAUCGUCUUCAGUUUGUAGAGAUCUUGCAGAACAGGGGCAGGGAUGAAGCUCUAAAGUAUGCCAGAGCCUUUUUGGCUCCAUUUGCUACCAAACAUAUGGCUGUUUUCCAGAAACUUAUGGCUUGCCUUCUUUGGGCCGGAAGGCUUGAUUCCUCACCAUAUGCAGAAUUGCUAUCCUCCAUACACUGGGACAAACUGGCUGAGGAACUCGCACAACAGUUCUGCAAUCUUAUGGGGCAAUCUUACGAGAGUCCAUUGAGUGUGACAAUUGCGGCUGGAGUUCAGGGGUUGCCGACUCUUCUGAAGCUGAUGAAUGUGAUGACUGGGAAGAAGCAGGAAUGGCAGACAAUGAAACAACUACCGGUGCCAGUGGACUUGGACAGGGAGUUUCAGUUCCACUCCAUAUUUGUGUGCCCAGUGAGCCGUGACCAAGUAAGCGAAGAGAAUCCUCCUAUGCUGUUGACAUGUGGGCAUGUUUUAUGCAAGCAAUCCAUCACCAAGUUGUCCAAAAACAACAGCACUAGGCGCUUCAAGUGCCCCUAUUGCCCUGCUGAAGUCGAAGCAGGUCAGUGUACGCAAUUAUAUUUCUGAUGCUGCUAAAGUUUGUAAAGUGGUUCAUCCCACUGCCAUCACAAACGAAAGGGAAAUACCCCUUCAUUGAACAUAAAUCGUGUACGUAGGCUAAACUGUAUCACUUAGACUAGAUCUUGUUCUCAUUAUAUGGUUGUUUUAACUGUUCUGUGUCGGACUCAGGAGGUGUUAUUGUGUAAAUAUAUUUUAUUUGCAAAUCAAA